AUGAAAUUACAGGAACAAAUUCCCGUAUACCCCCGAACCAGUCAGCCAGCCGCUCUUUCUCCGCAAACGGUGGUACCGCCAGUUGCGGUGGCGGCAUCACCAAUGCAAGCUGGAAUGCCCUCGCCUGGAUAUGUACCAGCAGUACCAGCACCCGGAUAUGUACCAGCAGUACCAGCACCCGGAUAUGUACCAGCAGUACCAGCACCCGGAUAUAUACCAGGACCCGGAUAUAUGCCAGGACCACCAGGACCCGGAUAUAUGCCAGGACCACCAGGACCCGGAUAUAUGCCAGGACCACCAGGACCCGGAUAUUAUCCAAACAGACCACCACCACCAGGACAUUCAUACGGAUCCACCAGAAUUAGGGUUCGCGGCGGACCACGAAGCCAUGGUAUCUCGCCGGGUGCAGCCGCUGGCAUCGGUGCUGCCGGCCUCGCCGCUGGUGGCCUUGCUGGUCUCGCCGGAGGCACGAUGUUAGGCCGACAUUGGCACGAUGAACUUAAUCAACAAGGCUCACCCGACGAACAGCCCGACGAACACUCCGACGAUGACCCCGAUCGUAUUUUAGACCAAGACGCAAAUGUUGUUGAAGAAGAUCCUGAUCGCCUUUAUACUGGUGAUGAAGAUCAGAUCGGGAUUGAUGAUGAUGGCCACAACGCUAUGGACGACAGUGAUGAUGGGGGCUAUGAUGAUGGAGGCUAUGAUGAUGGAGGCUAUGAUGAUGGAGGCUAUGAUGAUGGGGGCGAUGAUGAUGGGGGCUUUGAAGAUGGGGGCUUUGAUGGUGGGAGUGGUGAAGACAACGUGACUUUGUGA